AUGAUGCAGACGGAAACACUUUCGUCAUCGGCGCCGCCGCCCACCGUUGACACGCCCGAUGAAAAUCAGAGCGAGGGCUCCAAGCUUCGCACCUUUCUCGGCAUCUUGCGAAAAUUCAUUGGUGUUUCAGACCUCGCCGCCGUCCGAUUCUCGUUGCCCUCACAGCUACUCGAGCCUACGCCCAACCUCGAAUACUGGACAUAUCUCGACGCCCCCAAUGCCUUCGUCGCCAUCGGCACUUCGGACGAGCCCCUCGACCGCAUGCUCGAGGUCGUUCGCUUCUGGUUGACCAAGGACCUCAAAUAUGCCAAGGGCAAGCCUUGCAAGCCGUACAACUCGUGCCUGGGCGAGUUCUUCAGGUGUAAAUGGGAGACGGAGAACAAUGCGCCCAAGAUUCUCACCAGCAAACUUGGCAAUGAGAGCUCCGCGUCCAGCAAAUCCAGUGUCAAGAGCAACAAGAAUGCCUCGACGUGGUCGCUCUCGCCGCCGCAGCACGGCACCUCGCUCGACUCGCGGCCCGUGACCGUCUCGUACCUGACAGAGCAGACGUCGCACCACCCGCCGGUGUCGGCGUUCCACGUCAGCUGUCCCGAGCGUGGCCUCUCCGCGCGCGGCUUCGACCAGAUCACGGCCAAGUUCACCGGCACCUCGAUCAAGGUGCUGCCCGGCGAGCACAACCUCGGCAUCUUCAUCACGCUCGACCAGCGUGACGGCGAGAAGUACCAGCUCACGCACCCGGCCGCGCACCUCGGCGGCCUGCUGCGCGGCACGCUCACCGUCUCCGUCAGCGACACGGCCUACAUCACCUGCCCCAAGACGCGGCUCAAGGCCAUCCUGAGCUACGUCGAAGAGGGCUGGCUCGGCCGCACCACCAACAAGGUCGAGGGCGUCAUCUUCCGCUACGACCCCGACAACGACGACAAGACGCGCAUCCAGGACGUCCCCGACGACGACGUUCUUGUCCGGCUUAGCGGGCCCUGGCGGGAAAAGGUUGUGUUUACGCUUGGUUCGACACCCCUGAAGCAAGUUCCCGUCGAGCAGCACUUCACCAUCCUCGACACGGCCCCGCUGCAGGUCGCCCCCAAGAUCCUCCCGCCCGCCGACCGGCAGGCGCCUAACGAGUCCCUCACCCUCUGGGGCGGCGUCACCGAGGCCAUCCACGCCCGCCAGUUCUCCCGCGCCACCACCCUCAAGCAGGAGCUCGAGGAGGCCCAGCGCGUCAAGGCCCGCGAGCGCGAGCGCGCCGGCCAGACGCACAGCCCCGUCUACUUCUCCCACGCCGUCGGCAACGAGGGCCAGCCCGAGCUCACCGAAAAGGGCCGCGAGGUCCUCGAGCGCUCCCAAAAGGGCGACUGGUCGCUCGACGGCAUCAUCUAA